UUUUUCUCACUUAUUAUUUUGCUAUAUACUGUGAAAUAAUGACUGUUCGUCCGGUACCACCGAUACUAGCAGAAAAAGCUAAAAAUGAAUUAAACGAAGAUCCGAACAGAUUGAAGAAUGACUUGCAAAGUCUGAAAGACUGGAUUGCUAAGCAACCGCACCUACGCGCUAGAACCGACGACCAAUGGCUAUUAGCAUUUCUACGUGGUUGCAAGUUCAGUCUGGAGAGGACCAAGGAAAAGAUCGACCUGUAUUAUUCCUGUAGAAGCGCAGCGCCUGAUUUCUAUAGGAUCAAACAUACAGAUCCGAAAUUUAAUGAAAUCCUGGAACUGGGAGUUUUUCUCGUUCUGCCAAAUUUCAAAUUGGACGCAGCAUCGUCCUACACACCACAAGUGAUACUAAUUCGACCUGGAGCCUACGAUCCUGACAAAUAUUCCAUCACAGAAACUGUUUCUCUAUCCCAUGUUAUUGAAAAAAUAGUGAUGAUGGAGAACGACAAUGCCAUUAUAACAGGUACACAAAUUAUUCUCGAUUUGGACGGAGCGACUAUUGGGCACUUGAUGCAGAUGACACCUUCAGUCAUUAAGAAAAUGGUUGUCACUACACAGGACGCGCUGCCAUUCCGAGAGAAAGGCACCCAUUACUUGAAUACACCUGCAGGAUUCGAAACCUUUUUCAAUGCAUUCAAAGCUCUCAUAAGUAAAAAAAACCAGAGUAGAUUACACGUUCACAAUAAAAACUAUGAAGAAAUGUACAAAUACAUCCCAAAAGACGUAUUACCCGCUGAAUAUGGAGGAAACGGUGGUACUAUAAAAGAGAUUAUAGACUAUUGGAAAAAAAAGGUUCAAGAAUAUAGUUCAUGGUUGGAAGAAGACGAAAAUUAUGGUACAGAUGAGUCUAUGAGGCCAGGAAAACCCAAAACAGCUGAAAACAUGUUUGGCAUUGAAGGAUCUUUCCGACAACUCCAGGUGGAUUAG